CCUAUCAUCCUUCAUUGAAACGUAAUCCUUGAAAAGCUCUUGGAAAACUUUGAACGUAUUGUUUCUAUGCACGCAGUUCCUACAAAACGAAGACAAAAUUUUUAACAAAAGCUUUCAGUCACGGCUAAAUUCUUUCAGGAAUUCUGAAUGUGAAAAAUGCUGUCGAAGGCUCUCAAUGCUCCUCAAAUUUCUUUAACAGGGCUGCAAAAUAGAGACCAUUUAUGCAGCAGAGUAGUGUACCGGCGGUUCGCUAGAAACGCCCGUCCACUGAUGUCAACUGUGAAGAGAAAAUCCCCCUGUUUGUGCGUUGCAAAUGCUGAAAAACUUGAGAAUGCUUCGACUUCUACAGCUUCAAAAACCUCAUUUCCUGUCAUGGUAAAUGGCUGUGCUGGAAACAUGGGGAGAGCAGUUGCAGAAGCAGCACUCUCUGCUGGUCUUCAGCUUGUUCCUCUGUCUCUCACUAGUCCUCAUCUUGGGAAUCAAAAGAUCCAGAUAGGGGAUGUAGAAGUUGAUGUACGCAGUGCAUCAGAAAAAGAUGAUGUCUAUGAUUUGAUCCUUCAGAACUAUCCUCAUGUAGUUGUAGUCGACUACACAGUUCCUUCUGCUGUGAAUGAAAAUGCGGAACUUUAUUGUAGAAUGGGUGUGCCAUUUGUAAUGGGCACCACUGGAGGAGACCGAGAAAAAUUAUUGGAUGUGGUACGGAAGUCAAAUAACUAUGCUGUCAUUGCGCCACAGAUGGGAAAGCAGGUGGUUGCCUUUCAGGCAGCCAUGGAGAUCAUGGCGGAGCAGUUUCCUGAAGCUUUUUCAGGCUACAAACUCGAGGUUACAGAAUCUCACCAGUCAAGUAAGGUAGACACAUCAGGCACCGCAAAAGCAAUUGUUUCUUGCUUCCAGAGGCUUGGUGUCAGUUAUGACCUUGAUCAAAUAAAGAAAGUUAGAGAUCGCACAGAACAAAUUGAAAAAAUGGGAGUUCCAGAGAAUUAUUUGGGAGGUCAUGCAUUCCAUACAUAUAGUCUUACAUCUCCAGAUAACACGGUUGCUUUUCAGUUUCAACACAAUGUCUGUGGAAGGUCAAUAUACGCUCAGGGCACUGUUGAUGCUGUACUUUUCCUGGCAAAGAAGGUUAAGAGUAAUGCAGAGAAGAGGCUGUACAACAUGAUUGAUGUUCUACGAGAAGGAAAUAUGCGUUGAUAACAUUCUAUUUCAUUUGGCAGAGUUUGGUUCAGAUGAUUUUUCAGGUUAAUCUCAACGCGCAAAUAUAAUUUCAGAAGUUGCCUGAUUUGCUAGCAAAGAUCAUUUCUUUUUCAGACUUGAGGCAAUCCCUAGAUUGCUUGUCUAGAUUCUGUUUUAUUGUACCUGCUUCAUUUCGAGAUGAUUCUUCUUGUGGAUGAUUAAAACGAAGAGAAGGCUGAGCAGUAUAAGUUUUGUAUGAUAUAACUUUUCCUUGCCUAUUAGGCAAUGGAUACAUAAUUCAAUAUUAUAAUGAAUUUUUUUAUUACAUCAAUCAAGCAAACUUUUCACAACCA